UUAUUUUUAUUUUUAUUUUUUAUUUUUCUCACUUGCAUCAAACCUCCCAUUCCCACAAGAAAAAUCUCCUCUCUCCUGGUUGGGAAAUCCAUUGUUGAACUACACAAGAACGGAGUUUUCAAGUUACUACCUUCUCUUUCGCUGAAAUAUUGAAAACCCUCCUGUAAAUGGCGCUGAAAAUCACCAUAACCAUACCAUUCCCUCUGUUUCUGCCACUCAAACCAACAAACUUCCCCCACCGCCGCCGCCCGCCCACCGAAAUCCGGCUCUCGCGGUGGAACAACGCCAACGCCCAGAAGUUCAUCCAGCGGGAACGCGCCCAAAAGGAAAUCGAAGACGAAAUCCGCCUCCACAAGCGCUUCGACUCUGCCCUCAAAAUCGCCAACAUUCCCGACGACGCCAGCCCCAGCGCCUCCGAUGCCCCCGCCAGCCCCAGCGCCUCCGAUGCCGCCGCCGCCGCAGCCACGACGACCCACCCUCCACAGUUCAAGUCCAUUGGAACCCCUUCCUCCCCCUCCCGCCCCUCCAUCCCCGGCAAAUUCUCCAAGUACUCUAAACCGCCAAAACCAGACACUGUCCACCCCGCGUUUCGCCAUACCGCUAGGGUUCGGAAGCUCUCAAUUCCCGAAGCGAUGGAGAAGGCGCAAAACUCCCAGAGCGCCAUUAGCGUCGGCCAAACUGGGGUGUCCUAUGUAAUGCCAGGUGCCCCUUUUGAAUUUCAGUACAGUUACACCGAGACCCCAAAGGUGAAGCCGCUGAAGCUGCGGGAACCGCCAUAUGCGCCGUUCGGGCCAAGCACAAUGCCGCGGCCCUGGACAGGCCGGAGGCCACUGCCGCCGAGCAAGAAGAAGCUGAAGGAGUUUGAUUCUUUUCAGCUGCCGCCCCCGCAUAAGAAGGGGGUUAAGCCGGUGCAGGCGCCAGGGCCGUACUUGCCCGGGUCAGGGCCAAGGUAUGUGAGGACGAGGGAAGAGAUAUUAGGUGAGCCAUUGACCAAGGAGGAGAUUAGGGAGCUGGUUUUGGGAUGCAUUAGAUCGAAGAGGCAAUUGAAUAUAGGCAGAGAUGGUUUGACACACAACAUGCUAGACAACAUCCAUGCUCAUUGGAAGCGGCGGAGAGUGUGCAAGAUUAAAUGCAAAGGAGUCUGUACAGUUGACAUGGAUAAUGUGCGCCAGCAAUUAGAGGAAAAAACAGGAGGGAAGAUUAUUUCCGGUAAAGGAGGCGUGAUAUUCCUUUUCCGUGGCAGAAAUUACAAUUAUAGAAGUCGCCCACGCUUCCCUCUUAUGUUGUGGAAGCCUGUGACCCCUGUAUACCCAAGGCUGGUUAAAAAGGCCCCUGAUGAUCUUACUCUGGAGGAAGCUGCAGAAAUGCGCAGAAAGGGAAGCAAACUUACCCCAAUAUGCAAGCUUGGGAAAAAUGGGGUAUACUGUAACCUAGUGAGCACUGUUAGGGAAGCAUUUGAAGAAUGUGAACUGGUACGAAUAAACUGCCAUGGAAUGAAUCGCAGUGACUAUCACAAAAUAGGUGCAAAAUUAAAGGAUCUUGUGCCAUGUGUGCUAAUCUCAUUUGCAUACGAGCACAUACUUAUGUGGAGAGGAAGAGAUUGGAAGUCUUCCUUUCCAAAAUCAGAAAAUGGUAAUAAGGAGGUUAAAGAAUCUGAGAUUGAUUCUGUAACUUCCAUUCAACUGCAUCCUGAAGGCCAAGAAGGGUCGGCAUCACUUGGUCCAGAUACCUCAACCAACGAUGUGAGCCGUGACGCAGUUUUUACAAGUGUGUCCAACACAGGCGGUGAAAAUGUGGGCAUAGGGGAAAGUGAGGAUCUACCUUCUGAAGGAAAUGGCAAGCCAUUUGCAGGCACUCCCGGGGUUACAUCUGUGGAGUGUACCUCCAUAAGUGAUACCACAUCAGAUGAGGCAGCUUGUAGUAAUGAACCAGAAGCUAGGGAAAAAUCCUCAGAAAGCAAAACCAUAGAAGCCAGUCCAGGUUUUUCUGAUGAUAGCUCAGCAGCUAUAUCUGUUGGAUCUGCCAGCAUGAUUGAAAUUAACGGCAGCGCCGAAAAUGCAUUGGAAUGCUCGCAAGAUCUCAACAAGCCAACAAAUUUGAGUUUGCCUUGCAUGGAGGGAGUUGUGGAACUCUGGAAGCAAGCCCUUGAGACCGGGAGUGCUGUUACUUUGGAUGCAGCUUGUUUGGAUGCUGACAUUGUUUAUGAAAGGGCAGUUGUCCUUGCCAAGUCUGCUCCUCCUGGGCCAGUAUUUAUGCACAAACCAAAAAAGGUCGCAGUCCAAAAGCCUGAGAGGCAAGAAACUGAAGAUUUGGAUGUUGAAGAGGUUACAAUGGUUCCAGAGAAAAGAGAAAGUGACAUGAGGAGAGAAAGUGAGAAAAAAAAUUCUAGAAAACAAAAAACAAAGGAUUUUAAAUAUUAUUCAAAUGUUGUACCACAGGGGAGCCUCGGAGUAGAUGAACUGGCUAAGCUAUUAGCUUAAUGUGCUAGCAAUAUUAGAAACAAAUUGUUUUGUUUCUUUGUAUUAAAUUAGUAAUUUGUACUGAUAUAUAUACACACAAUAUUUGAAAGGUAUUAAUUUAUUAUACUAGUUUCUAGUUGUAGAUA